AUGGACGAAAGUCGUCGCGCGAUCCGCCAGGGCCGCGACUGGGCCGCUCGAGGCGCCUACGCGCGCGCGCGGACGACGUGGCGGGCCGCCCAAGCGCGUGCGUACCGCGCACAGGACCACGCCGCCCUGUUCGUGCUGUCGGUCAACGUGGGCGAGGCGUGUGUCCGCUUGGCAGCGCAGUCGCCGGACCCUGCGGCCGUGUACGAAGCACAGGCGAAUCUCGAGUACGCCGUGCAAGUGGUGCACGAGUGCGGUCUCGAGUGGCAUGUGGGAAGACGGCACAGCGAGUUGGCUCGAGGCGUGCGACGGGCAGAGAUGCUGCGACGUGAGGUGGCAAAGCUGCUGGACGCGAUGCGCGUGGCGGACGACGACGGACCGACGGCGGCAGCGGACGCGAAGGAAACGGAUUCCGAGUGUACGACGUGUGGACAAAGACGAGGACAGCAGCGCGCGAUGGUGCUGGACGCGAGCGACGGCUGCUACUACUGCAGCGCGUGCUACGAGGAGUACUAUGCGACGGUGGCGGUUGACGCGGCCGGCGAUCCGGGUGUCAACGAAUGGAUGGCUGAUGAAGCUAUGAACGCGCAACACGACCACAGCGAGCGUGAUGGGUGCUCUGUGGACGCACGCAUAGCGGAGGAGGGGGGAGAUGGGGUACUUGACACUGCUGCGUCUUUGUGGCGACCGGUAGUUGAGGACGUUGUACUGCAUGAAAAGCUGGACGAUAGGGUCGACGAACAAAAGACUGGCGGGACGACAGUGGAUCGCAUCCGAUACGACCGUGUUGAACUGGGAUCACUCGCAGAGUAUCUGACUGGAAAGUGUCAGGUGGGCGACAAAGACGAGCAGCUUGGAAGCAGUAAGCCGAGCGAUGAUGUGGAUGACACUUGUGUGCCUGUAGCAGACGCUUCUACUGAUGACGAUCGCCACCACGUCGAAGUACACCGCAAAGAGUCUUUUGCUGCAAGUGACGAAUUGCAGGAGAAGCUUCGUGAGGCAUGCGUAGCUACAGUGGACGACGACAGUUUGCGCGAGGAAGAAACAGCGCUGGUGGACGAGGACACAGUCGAUAAGGCUUGCGAGAACCGCAAGUACUCGAUACCCCGACUGCUGGACCUUCGGAGAGUCUCACCUCGCGAUUGUCCAGAGUGUCUGUUGGAAUCCCCAGUGCGAGACGACGGGUCCGUUUGCAAGCGAGUUCACAGUCGAGCUGGUUCGUCUCGUAAAACAUCGAGCUCUAAGUUGACGCCGAGGUAG